AUGGAGCCACCACAAAAGCGAAGAAGAAUUGACGAGCCGCCCUCGAACAACUAUGGCGGCCACUCGAACGGAGAAGCCCAUAAUACGUACCCAGGCCACGUGUCUAGCACUUUCGAUGGUUCAGGCAUCUCGAAUACGAAUGGAAACUUCCACGUCGGAGGAAAUAUUUCAAUCAACUGCAAUCCCUCUUCACAGAAGACCAGCGCAAGCGAUGCCAGAAAGUCAUUGCUCGAGUCACUAUGGUUCGAUCAGAUCGACGCUCGGGAAUGGAGUAUCAAAGAAGCCCAUGCGAAUACCUGCCGCUGGUUCCUACAUACUGAGUCAUACAAGCAAUGGGAAGAGAGUAGAUUGUCAGAUCAUGCAAACUUCUUAUGGAUCAAGGGAAAGCCGGGGGCCGGCAAGUCCACACUCAUGAAGUUUCUCUUGCACCAUAUACGGAGCCGACUUCGCCAGAACAACGUUGGCAACGACAUCCUGGUCAGCUUCUUCUUUGAUGCCAGAGGCGAUGAAUUGGAAAAGACAACUACCGGCCUAUACAGAUCGUUGCUGUGGCAGUUACUAAACGCGCGGCCUGAGUUACAACAUAUCCUGGACACUUUGCGGCCAAGUCACCAAUGGUCCAUCGGAUCUCUCACGUCGCUCAUCAAGGAAGCUAUGCAAAUAUUGGCACAAACCCGAGUCGUAUGUUUGAUUGACGCCUUGGAUGAAUGUGACGUGCAGCAAAUCCGCGACAUGGUCUUCCUUCUGAAAGACCUAGUCGACAAAGGAGGUCCACUGUACAUCUGCUUCGCUAGCAGGCACUAUCCGCAUAUCACGGUGGAAGGUCUUGAGAUCAUUCUUGAGGAAAGAAACGAGCACCAGCAAGAUAUCACUGCAUAUUUAAGUAGUGCAUUGCGGAUUGGGCACAGCAAACUUUCCGAACAGAUACGUUCUGAACUUCAAGAGAAAGCCUGCGGUGUUUUUAUGUGGGUUGUGCUUGUUGUCGAUAUCCUCAACCAAGAGUACGACGCCGGACAAAUGCACAGCCUUCGUCAGCGGCUUCGUCAACUUCCCGGAGAUCUCCAUGCACUGUUCCACGACAUUCUAACUCGCGAUGUCAAACGCCAAGAUAGCCUUCUUCUUUGCAUUCAGUGGCUGUUAUUCGCAAAGCGACCCCUUACGCCAAAACAGCUAUACCUUGCAGUCUUGUCUGGCACGGAGUCCAGUCACCUAGAAGAGUGUCACUCCGACGAUAUUUCAGAAGAUGAUGUGCUAAGAUACAUUCUCGACACCUCCAAAGGACUGGCCGAAUCUACUAAAUCUGAAUAUCCAACUAUUCACUUUAUCCAUGAAUCAGUCAGGGAUUCUUUUCUCAAAGAAGAUGGGCUUGGCAAAUUGUUCCCCAGUCUUGGAACAAACAUUCCCGGACGAAGUCAUGAAGCACUCAAGCAGUGCUGCCUUUCGUAUAUGGAUAUGACGGCAUUACUCAAGUUUGAGGAAAGCCCUUAUGGUCUAAUCAUUGCGACCUUUCCAUUUUCUGAGUACGCCAAUCAAGGGAUUUUGUAUCAUGCUGAUCAAGCAGAGAGCCACGACAUAAGUCAAUGCGACUUUCUGAAUGAAUUCGACCGGUCCAAAUGGAUUAAACACUACAACCUUAUCUACAUGUUCACAGAUCGACGAUACACACCCAAAGCUAGUCUCCUAUACAUCCUGGCAGCAGCUGGGACGCCAGCACUUAUACGUGCUUCUCCGUGCCCUCAAUCUUGCUUUGACAUCGAAGACGAGAGGUACGGAGUUCCGAUUCUCGCAGCAGCCGCAAUGCGUAACUCAACUGCAAUCGAAGUCAUGCUGGACCUCCAGGCACAACGACUCCCAAAUUAUUCACCUACGCCACUGUGGAGACAACUACCUUUUGCCGGAGAAACUUGGUAUAUACAUCCAGAUUUUCAUUAUGAAAGAGCCGAGAGCUUGCUUCAUCAACUCGUCCAGUACGGCAACGAGGCAAUGGCGUUGUCGUUUCUCCAGACAGAGGAGUGCAAUGUGCAUUUACGGGACAACGAAGGGAUGACUGCUUUGAUGUCUGCAGCUGAGAAAGGGCAUGCUUUCUUAGUCAAACAGCUUCUUGAAAGUAGUGCUGCUAUAUCCGCUGACGUCUACGGGCGAACACCACUAGACUACGCCGUUAGAAGCGGGAAUAGUAAUGUGGUUGAGCUGCUUAUUAACCAUGGAGCCGACGCUUCGGCUGCUGAUAAAGACGGAUGGACACCACUCCACUCGGCUUCACAGCAAGGGAACGUUGAAUUGGUUCAACUACUUAUUAAUCACGGGGCCAACGGUCUAACGUGCAACGGAUAUGGGGAUACAUCCUUAAACAUUGCUCAAGCCUUUGAUCAUACGGAAAUUGUUAAGCUGAUCUCAGAAAACAUUGAUAAAUGCGUUGAGGCAUAG